AUGACAGCGACACGUCAGGCUACCAAGUUGUGCCACAAUUGUGGAACGGAAUUCUGCAGCACUGCAUGGAUGCCCAUUCCGUGUAAUGCAUUUUCGCAGCAGUACCGAUGGACAAGCAACGUCCUACCUGCUCCGGAAGAAAUCGAGUAUCGCCGCGAGAUUUCAGAUGCGCGAGUCGAGAUUUUGCGUUAUGAAAAUGAACUGCUGAGAUUGGCACGGAUAAUGUCCAAGUUGGAUGCAGAGAGAGCUGCUAUGGAGACCUUCAUUCAGCAGAAGGAGUCAUUCCUUUCACCCAUUCGAAGUAUGCCCAACGAGAUCUUAGUCAUCAUCUUCGAGUGCGCUGUAGACCUGGAUGUGGCCUGUACCACACCAUCAAUCCGCGAAGCACUUUCUGUGCACCGCAUCAGUCUCGUCUGCUCUCGAUGGCGCGAUAUCGUGACUUCCAUGCCGGGGUUAUGGUCCUUUAUAUCCGUCUCUCUUGGCAGGCAUACACAACACGACCUCAUCGUCUCAGAGGCUCUUAUUCGCAGGCACCUCGAACUCGCGGGAAACGAGUUGCUGACGAUCCGUAUCUCUUCCGAAAACUACAUUCCCCAUGCCCAUUACCCAUUCAUCGUUCAGCUUUCCCAUCACGCACACCGCUGGAAGGAUGUACGCGUCCGCCUCUCAACUGCGGGUGUUGCCAAAUUCUACGAAAUCCUCAAUCGGCCCGGCGUAUCUCUUCCCAAUCUCGAAUUUUUGGCGAUUGACUACCCAGCUAACAGCUACAGUCGCGAGUUCAGGUGCAACACAUUUCAGGAAGCGUCCAAGCUCCGGGAAGUACAUAUGUCGGGGUCGGGCUCGCAGAUAGUAAAGGUCCAUCAGCACCCGUUGCCCUUCCCGCAACUUGAAGCUAUCACCCUUGGUGAAGGAAUUCACGACGGCGCAUCGGUGGCACGUCUGAUUGCAAUUUCCGAAAACGUUGACCGACUUACCAUCGUUACUGGGCCCUCACCAACCUAUUCCCCAGUUUCGUCCGACAUAAGCACCCUAGAGAUCGUUUUGGCAGGAGAUUUUGGUGUCCGGCCGCUUCUGAACGCGCUCACCCUCCCCAAGUUGAAUACGCUAGUCUUCCGCCUCGCGGAAUUCGGCUCAGAUUCACGAGGCUUUGAUUUGGAUCCCGUUAUUGACUUGGUAGCGCGUUCUGAUUGUCACCUUCGCCAACUUGUUGCCAAGGAAGUGAAGGUGCUUGAUCAUCAGAUUGACGCGCUCCUCCAGCAUGUGCCUAGAUUGGUAAUAAUUUCUUGA